CUCAUUAAUCGAUUAGUUGAAGAAUCGAUUCGACUAUAGAUUUAGAUCAUAGACCCAAUCUAAAAGAAAGAACAAUUAAUGUAUAUAAAGAACGUCAAAUGUGAAAAUAAAAAUGUCAGAAUUUUGUGAAUCUCUUGAAGAAUCGUCGUGUACAAGGCGAUUGAAAAUACUCGAAUCGGUUAUAUUGGAACAUGGCAUGUCACAAGUUGUGGCCGACAAUAAGGAUAGGGAUGGUGGUGAGGAUGAAAAUUUCCCCCAUGGCAAAGCAAUAUCGGUGGAGACACUAUUGGAUGCCUUACUGUUGCUCUACGAUGAAUGUUCUAAUUCAUCGCUUAGAAGAGAGAAGACUGUAUCAGAUUUUAUAAAAAUUGCUAAACCUGUGGUUUCUUUGGUUAAGAAAUUACGUUUGUCUCGAGAUGAUUUUGAGAUUAUAAAAAUCAUUGGCCGCGGUGCUUUUGGAGAAGUGUGUGUGGUACGCAUGAUAAGCACCCAGAAAAUUUAUGCCAUGAAAAUUCUGAACAAAUGGGAGAUGUUGAAGAGGGCCGAAACUGCCUGUUUCCGCGAGGAACGUGAUGUAUUGGUCUAUGGCGAUCGCCAGUGGAUUACAAAUUUACAUUAUGCCUUUCAAGAUGACACCAAUUUGUAUUUAGUUAUGGAUUAUUAUUGCGGAGGCGAUCUCCUAACAUUGCUAAGCAAAUUUGAGGAUCGUCUACCUGAAGAUAUGGCUAAGUUUUAUAUAGCCGAAAUAAUAUUGGCCAUCCAUAGUAUACAUCAGUUGCGUUAUGUCCAUCGGGACAUAAAACCAGAUAAUUUGGUCAUUGAUGUUAAUGGCCACAUACGUUUGGCAGAUUUUGGUUCUUGUUUGCGUUUGGGUGCCGAUGGUAAAGUCCAAUCAAAUGUGGCUGUGGGCACUCCCGAUUAUAUAUCCCCCGAAAUUCUAAGGGCCAUGGAAGAUGGCCAGGGUCGAUAUGGAGCCGAAUGUGAUUGGUGGUCUUUGGGUGUGUGUAUGUAUGAAAUGCUCUAUGGCGAGACUCCGUUUUAUGCCGAAAGUCUGGUGGAAACCUAUGGCAAGAUUAUGAAUCAUCAGAAUUGUUUCGAUUUUCCACCUGAAGAUGGUCUGCAAAAGGUUUCAGAUGCUGCCAAGGAUUUAAUAAGGCGUUUGAUAUGUGCCCCGGAAUUUCGUUUGGGUCGCAAUGGCAUCGAAGAUUUUAAGGCCCAUCCCUGGUUUGAGGGCUUAGAUUGGGACAAUAUACGCCUGGGACCGGCCCCCUAUGUACCAGAUGUGGACAGUCCCACCGAUACUUCCAAUUUUGAUGUUGAUGACAAUACCAUACGCCAUUCAGAUUCAGUACCACCUGCCGCCAAUCCUGCAUUUUCAGGGUUUCAUUUACCCUUUGUUGGUUUCACCUUCACCCAGAAUAGUUGUAUGUCGGAUUUGGGCAAGCUAGACAUAAGUAGUCUAACCUCGACGAAAGAGGACAGUAUUGAAGGAUUUGAUCUUUCAUUUUAUAAUACCCUAAAACAAGAAUUACUUAACGAGAAGAAUCUCUCUCCCGAAUGCACACGCCAAAUUCUCAACGAAUUGAAAAUAUUUACCAAAAAGAAACAAGAAUUAGAUAGUAGUAGCACUAACUCCUCAGGUGAUAAAGAGAGCGACAAUAGCAUUUCAAAGGCCCGUCUGCAAGAGCUGGACAAGGAGCUGAACGAAUUAAAACGCGAAAAGUUGGAAAUAAUCAAAGAAUACAAUGAUGCCUUGGAUCGAAUAAAACAGCAGGAUGCUGAGCUCAAGGAUGCAAUAAGCCAAAGAAAUCUGGCCAUGAUGGAAUAUUCAGAGGUCACGGAUAAGCUGUCGGAAUUGAGAAGUCAAAAGCAGAAACUAUCACGGCAGGUGCGCGACAAAGAAGAAGAACUGGAGACGGUAAUGAAAAAAAUCGACCAGCUGCGCCAGGACUUGAGAAAGUCCGACAAAAGUCGCCGUGAGCUGGAAAUGCGCAUGGAAGACGCCCUCACCGAUAUCGCCACCGAAAAGAAGCAACGAGAACGCACAGAAGAAUUCUGCCGCCAACUCCAAGAGGAACUGAAUAAAAAGAAAAAUUCCGAUGCCUCGUCUUCCUAUGCUGCAAGUGGAGCUGCAAAUAAUUUCAAUUCCGAUGCAACACGCUACGAAAUCGAACGCAUCGAAAUCCAGUGUACGGAGAAAUUGAAUCAACAACAGGCUAGAUAUAAUCUGGAAAUUUCGGCAUUACGCGAACAGCUUAAAGAGGCGGAAAAGUAUCAGGAAACCCUACUCAAUGAACUGCAACAGUCACGUGAGAAAUACGAAAGCAAUAAAUUGGAAACAUUGAGUGAUACCACAGACACAAUAAGUGAGCUAAAAGAGGAUUACGACAAGGAUCGUAAUAUGUGGAUAGAAGAGAAGCAAAGGCUGCUCAUGGAAAUGGAAUUGCAAAAUCAAAAAACUCUACAAAUUCAGGCGAAGCAAAGUGAAUAUGAGGACAAUAUCGAAGAGCUAAAAUCGAAACGCCAGGCCAUUGGCCAGUGGGAGAAACAAAUGUCAGAAAUCAUACAAUGGGUAUCGGAUGAAAAAGAUGCCCGCAGCUAUUUACAGGCCUUGGCCACAAAAAUGACCGAAGAAUUGGAAUAUCUAAAACAUUCUGGUAGGUACCUUGGAGAUUUGCCGUUUUCUUCUAUUUAUUUGCGUUUUGUUUUCAUUGCAGGUCCAUUCUAUAAAAAGAAUAACGACAAUAACAAGAAUUGGCGCAAUCGAAGAUCCCAAAAAUUGGAUAAAAUGGAAUUGCUUAAUUUGCAAUCCUCUUUGCAAUCCGAAAUUCAGGCAAAGGCAGCUAUAUCUGAUGAAUUGAGUAAAACUCGUGCCGAGCUGAUGGCAACACAGAAAGAUUUGAAUGAUUAUCGCAAACGUUGUGAAUCGGCCAUGUAUGAAUUACAUUUCAAGGAAAACCAAGUGAGAGAAUUGCAAAAAGGUUUGGAGUCUUCCAAAGGAUUUCUGGAAAGAUCCAAUUCACAGGUAUCUUAUAAUUAUUUCAAUAAAGAAGCGGCAGCUAUAUUCAAGGAAUCUGAUCCAAAUAUUUGUGGCCUAUCAAUGGGUGAUACUGUGAUGAACUCAUCCUCGAACAUCUUCUUUUCGGAUGACUCAGCGGCGGCGGCAUCCUCGUCAGCCGAUCAACGCCAAAGCGGCGGCGUCGGCGGCGGACAAAUGGCCUAUGGCGGCAGUUAUCCCAUGAACUUGUCACCCGAACACAAUCUAUCCUAUGGCGGCAUAGAUGAGGGUAAAUCGCUUAUACGAAAUUCCAGUUCAAAAAGUAAUUUGAGUUGUAAAUCAACAGACACCCAACACCAUCAUCAGCAACAGCAGCAGCAACAGCAAACGCCCAGCAUGCAUAAGCAAAAGAUCCAUCAGUUUUUGGUACGCACCUUUAGCAGUCCCACCAAAUGCAACCAUUGUACGUCCCUUAUGGUGGGCCUAACCCGCCAGGGAGUGGUGUGUGAGAUUUGCGGUUUUGCCUGCCACACAAAUUGUUGUCAAAAGGUUCCUACAAUAUGUCCAGUACCAAAUGAUCAAACCAAACGGCCACUGGGCAUUGAUCCGACGCGUGGCAUUGGCACAGCCUAUGAGGGCUAUGUCAAGGUACCCAAACAGGGUGUGGUCAAGCGUGGCUGGGUACGGCAAUUUGUGGUGGUGUGUGAUUUCAAGCUAUUCUUAUAUGACAUUUCGGCGGAUCGCAGUGCCCUGCCUUGUGUGAAUGUAUCACAGGUAUUGGACAUGAGGGAUACGGAGUUUGCCGUGACCAGUGUAAGGGAAAGCGAUGUCAUUCAUGCAGCCAAAAAAGAUGUGCCAUGUAUUUUCAAGAUAAAAACCUCUCUCAUCGAGGGUGGGCCCUGCCUAAACACCCUAAUGCUGGCCGACAAUGAAUCGGAAAAAACCAAAUGGGUUGUGGCACUGAGUGAACUACAUCGCAUUCUAAAGCGCAACAAUUUACCCAACACCGCCAUCUAUAAAGUCAAUGAAAUCCUUGACAGUUCUUUGGCCCUAAUGCGCAAUGCCCUAAGUGCCCUAAUCGUGUACCCCGAUCAAUUGUUGUUGGGCACCGAUGACGGCCUUUACUGCAUUAAUUUCGAACAAUAUGAAAUUGCCCGAAUUGGUGAUAGUAAAAAAAUUCUACAAAUCUGGUAUAUCGAAGAGGAACACAUCUUGGUGCUGUUGUGUGGCAAACAACGUCACAUUCGUUUGCUGCCCAUACGAGCGCUGGAGUGCAGCGACGUUGAAUGGAUCAAGGUGGUGGAUUCGAAAAAUUGUGUGGCCGCCUGUACGGGCAUCAUAAAACGUAUACCGGCUGUGGUGUAUUGUUUUGUUGUUGCCCUCAAGCGACCCACCAAUCAAACGCAAAUCAUAGUCUACGAAAUUAAUCGUAAUCGCCUGCGUCAUCAGAAGAUGUGUGAAUUUACGGUGGCCUACACAGUGCAAUGUGUUCAAAUAUUGUCGGAUAUGCGUUUGGUAAUUGGUCAUCAAAGUGGAUUUACGGCGUAUCUGCUGCAGGGAGAAGCAACGGCAAUGUCUCUAAUACAUCCUGAAAAUCAGUUGUGUGCCUUUCUCAAUUACUCUGGCGUCGAUGCGAUACGCGUCAUUGAAAUCCAAUGUGCUGGCGGUGGCUAUGGUGAAUAUCUGCUAGUCUUUCAAACUCUGGCCAUUUAUGUUGAUUUACAGGGGCGUAAAUCAAGGGAUCGUGAAAUAAUGUAUCCAGCCCUGCCAACACAUAUAACUUAUUCCGAUGGCCAUUUGUUGGUGUUUUCCGAGACCCAUUUAGAUAUUUUCAAUACCCAAACAGCUGAGUGGGUACAAUCGAUAGGUUUGAAGCGUUCAGCGCCCCUUAGCCAACAGGGAAAUAUUGUGUUGACCCACAUAAAUGAUACGCCCUAUGUUGUGUAUUUGGCAAAUAUUCAUACAAGUAAGGGGUGGAAAUUUUGGAAUGUUUUGAAAAAAAUAAUUUUAAUUUUGGUAUUUUGUUUUCCAGAGGGUCUUUUCCAGUCAAAGAAUCUCAAACGUAUUAGUGGUGUCAAUACCAAGCGCCGUUUUUCCAUGAGAGAAAUCAAUAAAACCAUUAAAAACACGGACAGAAGAUCCAAAAUGAUUUCAGCUCCCACCAACUUCAAUCAUAUAUCGCACAUGGGCCCUGGUGAUGGCAUACAAAACCAGCGCCUAUUAGAUCUACCAACCUCCAUUGAGAGUCCCAAUGAAUCUCGCAGUCAAUUGCUAAGUAUGAUCCAACCGGAUAUGGCCUCAUUGAAACAAUUCCGCCAACUAAAAAUUGGUCACAACAAUGGAGUAAUGCAGAAAAGCACAAUGCAUGACCAGCAAUCUGAGCUAAAUUAUUCAGAAUCUCGAUCACCCAGUCCAUUUGGCAAUGAAUCAUCUUCAUUUAAAGACAUGUUCGAUGAUGAAUUAUCAUUCAGUGCUCAACUUAUGAACGAGGGAAAUCAACAGUGACAUUCAUUACGAUCAAUAUUGUCCAUAUUUUCGGAGCAGCAUACCUAAAGAAAAAACUGAGAUUUUGUGCAAUAGAAUGCAUGGACGUUUGUGUGUGUGUGUGAGAGUGAGUGUGUGCUAGCGUGACGUGUGUGUGUAUGAAUGCGAGCAUGAGAGAAAGAGCAAGAAAGGUUAUGCUAGAAGCCUGUACGUGCAGCCAGUCACCGGCCUUCCUUUCAUCAUUUUUUCAUUUCAUAACUUUGGAGACAUUUUAAAAAAUUGAUCUCAUCUCUUGGAACACACCACUACUACUCAACGUUUCGAAAAAGAAAACACAGAAGAGGAAGAAUUGAAUACUUGCUAUCCAAAAAGAAAAGAAAGGAAAACAUUGAACUACAUACAUAUUUAUAUACAUGCAUAUAAAACGAAUACUUAUACAUUAAAAAUUAAUAAUAAUAAUAAUAAUAAUUAUAUUAUAUAUUACGGUUAUUUAAUUAUUAUUAUAUAUAUUACGAAUAUUUUUUUCACAUUAUAAUGUAACGAGAGCGAUUUAAAAACAAAAAAAUGAUCCACAAAAAUAUUUAUAUACAUACAAAUUAAUCUACAUAAUAUAUAAUAUGUUUUGUAAUAUAUUGAGUUGGUUAUAAUUAUUUUUUAUAUGUUUAUUUUUUAAUUUUUUUUUAUAUUUUUUAAAUGCAUCCAUAAAAAAUACAUAAUAUAAAUAUAUAAAAAAACAUAGACAAGAUAACUAAUAAUCUUAACUAUCAGAGACAAAAACUAUUACGCUACAAAAACAUCAAACCCCACAUACCUACAUAUAUCAAUUUCGCCCCCCUCCCCUUCCCCUCAAAAACAAAAUUUCCACAAUCGAUAAAUAUCUAAAAUCAAAAUAGUAAGAAAUCAUAUACAAACAAUUUUUUUGUUCAACAUUUGGUAUAUUCGCGUUAAAAAAGAGUUUUUAAAAAAUUUCAAAAAGAAUCGACAAAAAUCGAAUAAAAUACGAAAUGAAAAAAAUAAUGUAGACGUAUUCUUAAAAUUGGAAUUAGAAUGAAAAAUAAUAACGAAAGUAUUUAUUACAAAGAAA